UAUACCGCAGACAUCAUUUCUACUACAGUGGAGGAGCCGUACAGGACCUGUUUCACUGCAGGGGGAUCCAAAACAAGCCCUGUGGAGCCGCAGCUAGAGCUACAGCAGCCGCAGGACACUGUGUCUCUCCCUCUGUUACCCCUUCCCCACGCAACCCCAGAUCCAUUUACACUUUACAAAGCAUCCUGCACCAGGCAGCAAGUACAAGGGCGGUCCCUUCAAGCUGCAGAUCUGUCUGUCAUCCUUAUCCAACAGUCUCUUCCUCCACUCCCUCCACAGGGAAGGGCGUCACCUGUCAGAUUGCAGCAUCCUGGAACAGAAUGAAAGGGUCUGUGUUGAAACAGCUACAGUCGGGUUGCAGUAGACCCUGAGAAAAACAGAGCGGACUCCAGCCUGCACGGAUGACCUUGAAGCAGGAAUGGUUUGGGGUUCAGGCCUCUUACACUGAAUUUCUCUACUGCCAACCUUUCUACUCCAGCAACAUCUCCAAGAAAAGAUCUCUCGGAAAAGAAGUGGCUGCUUGUGGCUUUGCACUGUGAUGAAGGCAAAUGGUACAGUUUUCCAAAGAAAAUAGACCAAAACUUUCUUCUUGAGAAGAAACAAACCUGCUGUUGGCAGAGGGUUUUUCUAACCUCUCUGCGAAAGAAAGAAAGACACCACCAGAACCUGGGCGACCCAGCUGCUGAGGGAAGUUUCCAUGGUGAAGUCUCAGGGAGGCUUCCUGGGAGCAGAGCAUAGUGAAUGCUAAUCCGGAGCUGCCACUGCCAGCCUAGAGAACCCACGGGGAGAUGAUUCCCCAUGAAGGGCCUGGAUCCCCUACAGAAAUCCAAUGUGACUCUCUGUUUAUCAGACUAAAACCAGAGCCGGCCAGCCAGUGAAACAGCCACCGUGGAGGGGGGACGGCGAAAAAUGAAAUCCAACCAAGAGCGGAGCAACGAAUGCCUGCCUCCCAAGAAACGUGAGAUCCCCGCCACCAGCCGGCCCUCGGAGGAGAAGGCCACUGCUCUUCCCAGCGACAACCACUGCGUGGAGGGCGUGGCCUGGCUCCCCAGCACCCCUGGCAGCCGCAGCCAUGGGGGUGGGCGGCAUGGGCCAGCAGGGACUUCCGGGGAGCAUGGUUUACAAGGAAUGGGUUUACAUAAAGCACUGUCCGCAGGGCUGGAUUACUCCCCACCCAGUGCCCCUAGGUCGGUCCCCACAGCCAACACGCUGCCCACCGUGUACCCUCCUCCUCAGUCAGGGACCCCGGUGUCUCCUGUGCAGUACGCCCACCUUUCGCAUACCUUCCAGUUCAUUGGGUCCUCCCAAUACAGUGGGCCUUAUGCGGGCUUUAUCCCUUCCCAGCUGAUCUCCCCGUCAGGCAACCCGGUCACCAGUGCAGUGGCCUCAGCUGCAGGGGCCACCACUCCAUCACAGCGCUCCCAGCUGGAGGCUUAUUCCACCCUGCUGGCCAACAUGGGCAGUCUGAGCCAGGCACCAGGACAUAAGGUUGAGCCCCCUCCGCAGCAGCACCUCAGCAGGGCUGCGGGAUUAGUCAACCCGGGGUCCCCUCCACCCACCCAGCAGAACCAGUACAUCCAUAUUUCCAGCUCUCCACAGAGCUCCGGGCGAGCGACGUCUCCCCCACCCAUCCCUGUCCACCUCCACCCCCAUCAGACGAUGAUCCCGCACACACUCACCCUGGGGCCUUCGUCCCAGGUGGUUGUGCAAUACAGUGAUGCCGGAGGCCACUUUGUUCCUCGAGAGUCCACCAAAAAAGCCGAGAGCAGCAGGUUGCAGCAGGCUAUGCAAGCCAAGGAGGUCCUGAAUGGGGAGAUGGAGAAGAGCCGGAGGUAUGGGGCGUCAACUUCUGUGGAGCUGAGCCUAGGCAAGGCAAGCAGCAAGUCAGUGCCUCGUCCCUAUGAGUCCAGGCAUGUGGUGGUCCACCCAAACCCAGCAGACUACAGCAGUCGUGAUACCUCCGGGGUCCGUGGAUCUGUGAUGGUUCUGCCCAAUAGCAGCACACCCUCAGCCGACCUGGAGGCACAGCAGACCACGCAUCGAGAGGCCUCCCCAUCCACCCUCAAUGACAAGAGCGGCCUGCACCUAGGGAAGCCCGGCCACAGGUCCUAUGCGCUGUCCCCCCACACGGUCAUCCAGACCACACACAGUGCAUCAGAGCCUCUCCCGGUGGGCCUACCAGCCACGGCCUUCUAUGCUGGCACUCAACCUCCUGUCAUCGGCUACCUGAGCGGCCAGCAGCAAGCAAUCACCUAUGCUGGUGGCCUGCCGCAGCACCUGGUGAUCCCAGGUACCCAGCCCCUGCUCAUCCCGGUGGGCAGCCCUGAUAUGGACACGCCUGGGGCAGCCUCGGCCAUCGUGACGUCAUCACCCCAGUUUGCUGCAGUACCUCACACGUUUGUCACCACCGCCCUGCCCAAGAGCGAGAACUUCAACCCGGAGGCUCUGGUCACCCAGGCUGCCUACCCAGCCAUGGUGCAGGCCCAGAUCCACCUGCCGGUGGUGCAGUCCGUGGCAUCCCCCACCACGGCGUCACCUACGCUGCCGCCGUAUUUCAUGAAAGGCUCCAUCAUCCAGCUAGCCAACGGGGAGCUUAAGAAGGUGGAGGACCUGAAGACGGAGGAUUUCAUCCAGAGUGCAGAGAUUAGCAAUGACCUCAAGAUCGACUCCAGUACCGUGGAGAGGAUCGAGGAGAGCCACAGCCCCGGCGUGGCCGUGAUACAGUUUGCUGUUGGUGAACACCGAGCCCAGGUCAGUGUCGAAGUUUUGGUAGAGUAUCCUUUUUUUGUAUUUGGACAGGGCUGGUCAUCCUGCUGUCCUGAGCGGACCAGCCAGCUCUUUGAUCUGCCGUGUUCAAAACUCUCCGUUGGGGACGUCUGCAUCUCGCUCACCCUCAAGAACCUGAAGAAUGGCUCUGUUAAAAAGGGCCAGCCUGUGGACCCUGCCAGCGUCCUGCUGAAGCACGCAAAGACCGACAGCCUGGCUGGCAGCAGACACAGAUACAUGGAGCAGGAAAACGGAAUCAACCAGGGAAGCGCCCAGGUGCUCUCUGAGAACGGCGAACUGAAGUUUCCAGAAAAAAUAGGAUUGCCUGCAGCACCCUUCCUCAGCAAAACAGAACCGAGCAAGCCCACAGCCACGAGGAAGAGGAGGUGGUCGGCGCCGGAGACCCGUAAACUGGAGAAGUCGGAGGACGAGCCACCUUUGACUCUUCCCAAGCCUUCGCUCAUUCCUCAGGAGGUUAAGAUCUGCAUCGAAGGCCGAUCUAACGUGGGCAAGUAGAGACCGUGCGGGCAGCGGAGGCCGGGGCCUCCUUUUGCUGUCUGUAUCCAGAUUACUGUACUGUAGGCUAAGUAACACAGUAUUUACAUGUUAUCCUCUUUAGGUUUGUAUUCUAACCUUGUCAUUAGAGUCAAACAGGUGUAUCGCAGGAGACUGGUGCGUUUGCAUUGUCUGCAAGUGUCUGUUGAGGAGCUGGCGGGUGGAGGAUGGUCAGAACCGUGGCCGUGGAGCUCCGGGGAAUCCUUGGUGGCCCUGAAUGUGGCUUCAUCGGCCCCUGCCUUCUCCGGCAACACGCACAGAUUUGAGGGGCAUCAGUUCCCGCUGGUUUCAAGAUCAAAUGCAGUGGGAAGUAUCCUGCAAGGGAGUGUCUGGGUGCGUGGGUACCACGGCAGCGACUGAGGGUGUCUCUUUCUCUGCCUCUGUCUCCCUCACUUGCUCCCUCUCAGCGUGGGGUUGGGGGGCCUGGGUUUCCCACCUGCAAAGUCAUCAGGAACCCAGCUUCCAGGCAUCGUAGGGAGGCGUCGGACAGGCAGAUGGGAAACUAGUUUCAAAGAACGUGGUUCUCUCCAACAUAUUUUACAAUAAAAAGCAACUUUUAAUCAUAGAUAUAUAGAUAUAUAUAUAUAUUUCCCCCCAUGGGGCCUGACUGCACUGAGGUUUUUUUGUUGUUGUUUUUUUGUUUUNUUUUGUUUUGUUGGUUUUUGUUUUUGUUUUUGUUUUUAAGAGCAGCUGCCACUCGCAGAAUUUCAUUACUGCUUUACCAGUCCAGUCCAGUGACAUCACCAGUCAUCAUGGUGGGACAGGGAAAGUCCUUGUUCAGGUCACUCCUGGUUAGGCAGGUAGCAGGGGGGGGAGGGGGAGGGGGACAGAGAGAACAUCCACACUGGUUUCUGUGCAGUGUUAGGAAAAUCAAUCAGGUUACUUGCAUUGACUUUUGGCUCCCAAGAGGAUAAUGCAAGUCCCCCGUCCCCGCUUCCCAAGAGAGCUAGCUUCUCUGAGCUGUGCUGGCAGCAUCUUUUCUAUAUUUUAGGACUAGUACUGUCCAUGACUAUGGACAACUCGGGUGCCGCUUUUUUUUUUUUUUCCUCAAUCCCAGUGUGACAUGAGGAAUUAGAUCUGGAAGAUGCUCGUCUGUUACUAUUAUUAUCUCGCAAACAGUUAAAAAUGCUGCGCAGGCUUCUUAACCGAGCAUCUUGGUCUGUCAUUCAACAAGUACUGUAUCUCACUCUUGACUCUUUUUGGGAAAAGAAAAAAAAAACCGACAAACCUAAGUUGCUUUUGUUUUUGUUUUUGUUUUUGUUUUUGUUUCUUCUUCUCAACACUGUAACUACACUUCAGCUCUGCUCACAAGCCAGCAAUCAAAAAACUCCAAUCUGGUUUAAAGGGAUGAAUGUGAAGUACAAACUAGCCCGUGACAAUAUAUGACUACCGAGUACUACCUGACGGCAGGCACUUGUCACUUUGACGUUGGAGAAAGAGUUAAAGGCAUAUGCAGAGUUGGCAGAGAAACCAAGACAAGACACAGAGGAAAAAAGACACUCGGUUGUGUCUAGUGUUUUUAGGACGAACUCCUAAAGAACUUUGCAAUUUGCACAUCUUGAGUUUAUAAUUUGUGUGAUAUUCCUGCAGUUUUUAUCUAAUAACAUUGUGGGAAAGGCUUGGGAGGAUUACAAGAGCAUAAGUAAAUGUAGCAAAAAUUACUUUCUAACCUGCCUAGACCCUAGGCCCUUCUUAGAAGGUUCUGUCCCCUUUGAGACUUCAUUUUGUCAUCUACCACAUCUGUCACCAGAGGCCAGGUCUGAGCGUCUUCUUCAGCGCCAUUGAGAGUUUCCCAUAUAGACAUUUUACAUAUGUGAGCAAGUAUUUUCAUUUCUGGAAAUAAAAGUGUUAAUACUAUUAUUAUUAUUAUUAUUAUUUUAGAAACUUAGGUUUCUAUUUGAAAUAAAACUAGGAUCUAAUGUUUGGUACAAAACCCCAGGAAGGGUAUUUUCAUAAAGUCACAAGUUUUCAUUCCCAGAGGUCAAUAUAUCAUUUGUGGGUUCUGAGUGUGUCUUAAAGUACUUUAAGCCUAGUUUUAUAAAUAGGAAGAAGUUUUUAAACAAUCUUUCUUGGCUUGCUGCAACUAACCUAAAUAAGUACUUAUUUGACUUUUCUUUUUAGCCAUUAAAAAAAAAAGAAUUUCUUCCAUGUCUCAAAAUAGAAAAAAAAAAAAAAAAAGACCCUCCCCCGGCCACCCACAUGUUGGCUGUCCAGUCUCCAUUCACAGUGGCUUUUGUUGGGACUAAUGAUCUUUUUCCAGAUCGUUUUCUGGGAUGUAGCAAACAGCUUUGAGUAGGUCCAGAAGAGCUGGCCUCUCCCUAAACUCCAUCGCCCUCUCCGCAUGCUAGCAGAGCUGGGUGAAGCCAUUCUUGCAGGCAGAGGCUUAUUUAGUGCUGUGGCUCUUUUAUUUCCUUUUAUUAUUAUUUUUUUAAUCUUUCUGUUCAGAGACCUUGCUAAAUCUUCCCUAUAUCUGCUCAGGGCACUGGCACUUAACUAGGUUUUUUUUUUUUUUUUUUUUUUUUUGGUGUUUUUGUUUUGUUUUGUUUUGUUUUUAACCUUCAAUGGUGAGAGGACUAGGAAGUCGCCAUAGAGGUGCUGUGUGCCGUUAUCUACAGCAGCCCCUGUGAGCUCAGAAGACACACACACACACACACACACACACACACACACACACACUGCUCUCUGGCUAGCUCCGAGUAUUGAACUGACUGUAUCCAUUAAGCCGACACUAAAACAGGUAAACACACAUGGCUCCGAGCAAUAGGAAUAUCCUAACUUUUGUGGUUCUAUUUCAGGUAUAGGAAUUAUACAAAUCAUUGAUUCUUCCGAAGCACCCAUCCCAUCUCGUUCUCUGGCUCCCUUAGCAUGUGCAAUACUUUGUGUGCCAAUAGUGUGCUAUCUAGUUAAAGUUCAUGACCUUUUGGCCUUUUCCUUGUUUGGUGGGCUGACCUUUCUUCCCCUCGCUGGUCAGAGAAAGGCUGGAGGGAAUGAGCCGGGAGAGGCGAGCCCCCCCAUGUCUUCUUAACAUGGAUGGAUGCAGAGUACUAGGGUAGGCAGCCUAUGGGAGCCUGUGUGUGUCUGUCACCAGGACACAGUGAGAGCCAGCCAAGGAGACCUGAGAGAAGCACCUUGAAGGUCCAUCACCACACUCUGCAAAGGCCCCUCGAUCUGUAGUGAAGCCGGAACGGAGCCAGGAAGCAGAGUGGCUCCUAGGACAGACUCUGGAGCAGUGUGGUCUUCAGGCAACUCAUUUUCAGUCUCUUCUGUGUCCUUGAGACUUUGAUCCCUGCCUUUGACACAAACAACUUAUUGCAUAUGUGCGUGUUCUGAGCCUGCCCACCAAUGGCUUUGGAGGGGACCACCUGGCAACCACAGUCACCAUUCCCUUGGGACAGCUUUCUCUUCAAAUAGGAAGAACACACAGAGGCAGGAGCCACCUCUUAUUUGCAGACCCUGGUGGGGCCCUCCAGGCUCCCGGAGUACCUUCGGUCAACUGCGUAGGGAGCACGGUAAUAGCAGUGCCCUCAUCGGACAAGGAUCAGCCACGCGCCUCUGUACCUGUCCUCUGCAAUAUUUACCAACAGCCGUCUUUCCUUCUCCUCUUUCCUGCUUUCCAUUUUAAAACAAAGUAACAGCAGGCCUUUUUUGUGUUUACAAUGGAACACAAUCACCAAGAAAUUAGUCAGGGCAAAAAGAAAACAUAGUAAUAUUACUCAUAAGAAAUCAGCAAACAAGAACCUCUUUCUAGGGAUUUCUAAAUACACAGCGUGACUGUUCCUUAGACUGUUUUAACUUUAGAAUUAUUUCAGUUUGUCUGGGCCACCUUGGGGGUCAGUGGGAUGGGGUGGGGGUGGGGGGAAAGAAGGCCAGGGAUACCACUUACCUCAAAUCUCUUUAAAAGUGGAAAUCCAAAUUGCAUUUGGGGGAGGGUGGUGGGUGGCGGGGGCGGGGGGACUUGCAGGAUAAUCGUCUACGUUGGUCACAUUUUGCUUUUCUUGAUUCAUCCAACUCAGUUUGGGAUGGCCUGAUGUUUGUGGUGGUGGCCACAGAAGGUCCUUAACUCUGAACCCUGACCUUGUAUGUUUUCUGUUAGGUGAGCUUGUCGGGUUCCUCCCCUCCCCCCCCUUACCCCCUAAGGAAGUGGCAGUGUCCUUUCUUCUCCCCUUGCAAGGAACCCUGCAGAACCUUCCACACCUCUUACUCAGGGAUGGGGCUGGUGUGUGUGUGUGGAACACAGAUGUGUUCAGCAACAGCACUUUGGACUGCUCUGCAGUAGGGUUGUACAAUUUCAAGGAAUGUUUGGAUCUCCCCCACACCGUGUGGAUUGCUCCUUAGCUACUGCACCGAUUGCAAUAUAAUGCUGCACGUUCAAGGCGAGCAGUAGCUCCUCGUAAUCAGAAGAAAAAAAAAAUAUAUCCACUCUUUGCACAUAGUUUGAUCUUUACUGAAAUAUGUUGCCAAAAUCUGUUUCUGUUCUAGCUUUGGAUCUUUUUGUUUCUCUCUCUCUUUUUUUUUUUCUUUUUUUCUUUUAAGGAAACAAUUGAUGAUACCUUGUAACAUCUGUGACUACUAAGGAAACCUAUUUUGUAGAUGCUUUUGAAGACACUAACACCUAUUUCAGACAGGGGUGAGGAGUCAGAGCUCUUGGGAUAGAAAGCCAGGCUUUGUAAGUUGAGUUGGUUGGCAUAGCAACUGCUUCCCAAGCCACAAGCCACUCAACCAACUGGUCUGCUCUCUCUUGAGACCCUCUGUGCUCCUCAUUUCUCAGUCACCCCCCUUUGACUCCAGGGGAAUACAGGGCCUCCAGUCUCCAGGGUCCAAUCCAGUUUCUUUGGUGGUUGAGAUGAAAGGCAAGAGAAUCAUAUUGUUGUUGUUUUUAAAAGUGGAGCAAAGGCUUUUGCAUCCACAGUUGUGCUUUGAUGCCAGGAUUUCUGAAAUAGAAAAUUUAAGGAAAAAUCGAGUAAUAAUUAUAGAGAAUCUACUUUUUUUUUUUUUUUUGAAUAAAGCACAUGCGUAUGAGUUGGUUUUCUCCCUGUCCAUGAACAGUGUUGUAUUUCUGUUCCUAAGGCAACUCUAAACAGUUUGCACACCUCUACACUGGAGCUGGGGUUUCUUUCACAUAGAUGACCUCGCUUCAAAUGUUACCUUACUGAUAGGCUUUUUCUUGUAGCGCUCUACCUUGUGGGAAGGUUUUUGUUUUGUUUCAUUUUGUUUAAAGUACACCCACUUUGAGCAGCCGGGGGUGGGGUGGGGCGGGGUGGGGCUGGGAGGGUUGAGGCACUCACUUUGGGGGUGGGAGGGUUACAGAUAAUUUUUUUUAAAAAAAUUGCACAAAAGAAAAAUGAAUGUUGAAAUGAUUCAUUCAGUGUUUGAAAGAGACAGAUCUGUCGAAACUAUGAGUUUCAUAUUUUGUGUGUAAAAAAAAUACAAAACAACAACAAAAAAAACAAAAAACAAAACAGAGGAGGGGUUUGAAAGUUACAUGUUUGCGGGUUUAUUUUUCCUGUAUAUAGCAAUUUGUUGUCUUGAUCAUCAAAUUUGUAUGGUUAUGGCCUGGAAGAAUUAUGAUGUCAGAGGCUCUUCAACUAUACUGUACCUAUGCUUACUGUUCUGUUUUUGUUACACACGGCUCUUGUGUGAAGGAUGGGGGAUCUCUGUAUUCCACUAUUUGAGGAUACUGUCCAUUCCUAGGCCGAAAGUACUUCCCUAAGUUCCCUUCUUAAGCCAUUGUGACUUGACUUUGGAUGAUGUCUGACAUUUUCAGCACUUCCUGUUCCUAUCAACCCAAAGAAUAUAAUCCUGAACAUGAAGUGUUUCUAAAAGGGAUCCUCCUUCCCAAUAGACAGAAAAAAGUCGAGCCUUUCUUCUGCCUCCCACCCCAGACCUCAUUCCCACGGGGGUAAAACAUCCAUUUUGGCUUGAAUGCCUGGCUUUUGUUUUGAUGUUUCUCAAGUAGAGGCCAGACAAAAUGCAGAGCGGUUUCUCAGAGUUAUAUUCCUGUUCAGUAGUUGCGCUGGGUGGAGCAAACCAGACAGCGUGGGGGCAGUAAACAGACCCUGCCUUCAAUUUUGGUUCAUGUCCCCUCCCUUAAGGCACAAGUUCUUAUUGCUUAGAUUGACCUUGACAAAGGCAGAAGCGAGACAUCGGGUCAGCUUUUUCACAUCCCGACACUUGCAUACAGGAACUUCACCUGUAUUCAGAUGAAGUGUGUUUGGCCAAUAGAUACCGUCUACAUGACACCUGUCUCUAAGAACUUCCCUAACACUUUUUAACUGAAAGGAGCAAGUCCUCCACUACAGAUCCCUUGGAGACUCCAUCCAUGCAUGUCUUCUUGUUCCUUUGCUGCCUGGAUGGCUCAUCUGAAGGCCUGUGUGGGAAGCACUGUUUACAGUAACCCUUACCAAGAUAACAUACUGUCCCCUAGACUACCGAGCUGAGGUGACACUGGCUUAGAACUGUUGGAGUGAAAGAUCAGUUACUAAGAAGGUUGGUGCACAGGUUUUCUCCAGUUCUUACAGGAGCCCCCUGCUCGGAAGUUAUUCUCCAGUCCAAGGGUGGGAUGAACUGUUGAGUCAAUGAUGAGGCAUAACCAUGGCAACCCACCAUAGUCCCAUUCUGUGACUACUGCCCCCUCCCCAACCCACACUGCUCAAGUGUGACCCUAGGUAGUGUCAGCGGAAAGGGGGUUGCGGUGGAGUCCUGUCAGUAUUUAUGGUGGCCUUUCAAUAAGACAGUCUACAUAUCUAACCAGUGGAGUCUUGGCCCUCAAGAACCUGAGAUCUGCACCAGUUGAAGGGUUUUAAGAUCAGGUUUCCACACCCUCCAAUUUCCAUCCAUCUGCCUCCUCACAGGCCAAGUGGAAACAGACACCAAAACUUGGGCUGAGGGUACUACCACGUGGAGAACUAGGGAAAACAAAAUGGUUUUUUUUUUUGCACCUUAUUGAAAAGAAACUUUUAAGUGCAUACAUAGUUAAGAGCUUUUAUCGUGACAGGAGAACGUUUCCAUAUGCGUGCAUACUCUCUGUAAUUCCAGUGUAAAAUGUUGUAUUUGCACUAGCUUUUUUAAAACAAAUAUUAAAAAAAAAUGGAAGAAUUCAUAUUCUAUUUUCUAAUCGUGGUGUGUCUAUUUGUAGGAUACACUCGAGUCUGUUUAUUGAAUUUUAUGGUCCCUUUCUUUGAUGGUGCUUGCAGGUUUUCUAGGUAGAAAUUAUUUCAUUAUUAUAAUAAAACAAUGUUUGAUUCAAAAUUUGAACAAAAUUGUUUUAAAUAAAUUGUCUGUAUACCAGUACAAGUUUAUUGUAUAAUACUCGUACUACUAAUAAAAUAACAGUGCCAAUUGCAAA